AGCCCAAAAAGGGUACCCGACAGCCUUCCUUGGAGAAACCGGUGAGAUAAGCUUGAUUUCUCCUUCUUUUCUUGCUCUAAAACACAUAAUGGAACCCAGAAAUUCUCCCCCCUGCAGGAAGCUUCCAGAUCUGCUCUGCUCUUCCCUCUGCUGUCCGCCGGCUGCUCUUGUUGUGGGUGCGAAUUCUGGGCAUUUUUAGAAUUUUCCUUCCAUGCCGCCGGCUCUUCCCCAAAUUGCAGCUCCGGCCUUGCUUGCUGGAUUCUGGUAUGUGGCAGCCUUAAACCAUUGUUUUUAAGCUUGAUUAAGGUAGAAUUAGCUUGAUUAGUUUGCUGCCGUGUGAUGUCCGAAUUUGACAGAAAAUUGGGGAUAAUUCCGGUAGCUUUAGGAUGAGAUUUAAGCACUAAUUCAAGUGGGAUUUAUGUGAUUGAGUGUUAAUUGCUUGUUGUGAUUUUUGGAGAGAAAAUCCCGUGAAUUAGCUAGUGUUUUGGCCAAUUUUUGGAAGUGCAGUUACUGUUCACGUCGUGGUUUCCGAUCGUUCUGUCAGUUAGCACUAAGAUUGAGUGCUCGGUUUUAUGCGAGUGAGUGGGGGUUAAACGCUAGCACAUGUCGGCACAUGUCGAUAUGUUAGUGAUAGAGCCGGUUCGUACAAGUGACCCUGCUAGUGGGGAUUAUACACUAGUAAAUCGUGUGCUUGCCAGUGGGAGGUUUAUAACACUGGCCGUGACCUAUAGAGGAGACGUCUAUUUCGUUCCCGUACUGUAUCCGUUUUCGUGAUUGCACUUGUUGGCAUGCUAUAAGUUUAACUAAGGGCACUCCAUAUUUUACUUACUAAGUUUAUCUCAUAGUUUUCCUUGUCCACUAUUUCAGGAAAUGAAACCGAGGACGAGGAAACCAUGGGAAGUGACGAGUUAGAAAGCUAACCAUUUUGAGAUUGAUAUAGGUUUUAGAAAUAAAUUAUGAUAUGUAAACCAAAGUGGAUUUGGAGAUUUUAUGAUAUUAAAUUUUAAAGAUUUGAUCUUCAGAUUUUGGUGGUAUCAAAGUAUGAUAUGAUAAGUUCCGAGCCUUGUACAUUUGUGGGACCCUCUCACAAGUGCACGGCGUCUGUCGCGCCUCAAAUUUGGGUUUUGGAGCGUGACAGUUCAACUAUGUUUCCUUCCUUUUUAGUUUUUAUUUUUGGUUUGUACUUUCCCAUUUUGUAAUAAGAAAUGCAUUUCUUUUCC